AAUGUCAUUUUCUUGGUGUUGAAAUUUUGAGGUUAAUAUUGAAGUAUAUAUGCUUUCAUGAUCAAAGUGUUUUGUCAUCAUCAAAAAGGGGGAGAUUGUUGUAUCUAUGAUUUUGAUGAUUAUAAAAUACAUUUGAGUGACUAAUUGAUUUAUUUAAGUGUGUAGUUAAAUUGCCAAUAUACUGCAAAGUAAGCAAAAUGAGAUUGCAUUAAAAAGGGCUCAAAGGGUAAAAAUAUGCAGAGAGCCGACUUAAGAAAAUUGCAGUCGGCUCUGGGAAGCAAAAGUGCAGAGAGCUGGCUGCAGACUUUGUUGAGCCGGCUUUACGGGCCAGAAAUUCAACUGUUGUUUUGGCGCGGGCAGAAAAUGGAAGCAGAGCUGGCUCCAACUUUGUAGCCGGUUAUGAGGGCGCAUUUAAUACACAACGGUCGACUUAUUUGAAGAAUAUUUAAUGUAUUUAAAGUCGGAGUUCCAAAGUCCGCUCAAAGUUUUGCAACUGGCUCUCGAGAAAAACAUAAUGUGGUGCAAUCCAGUAAAGCCGGCUGUAGAAAUGGUGAGCCGGCUAUACAGAGCCUGCUGUAGGGAAUUAAGCCAGCUCUCCUGACAAUCCUGCAACUCGAGUUUUGCGUCCUGCAGAGCAUUUAAUGACCCCCAAUGACUAGAAACAGUUAUUUUCGAGUAAGGGGCUAUAAAUAUGGUUGGUAACAUAUCUAAAGAGGGUUGGAGAACAUUGCAUUGAAUAUCUUUACUUACCUACUUGAGCUUUAACUUGAGUUUUUGAUCUUUGAGUGAUCAUUGCUUGUAAUCCUCUUCUUGUUCUAUUAGCGUAUGUUCUUGGGGGUGUGAUUAUUCCUUCAAGAGUGAUCUAUUGAGAGGAUUUGUGGGGUUUACAUUGUAAAGGGGUGAGGUUUGAGAGGAAUACUCAUCUUCUUGUAAAAGGAUUGAGUGGCUCCUUUAAGCCACCCUUGUCUUUCUUAGUGAAGAGUGUGGAGGAAAUCCUUGGUGAGUGAAGCCAAGGUAGAGGAUUAGGCUCCAAGUGGUUGGACCGAACCUCUAUAAAUUCAUUGUGCAAGCUCUUCUUCUCUACUCUCUUUAACUUUGUUCUUGUGGUUGAAAAAGGGGAGAAUUUUUGGAACUCCAAUUCACUCCCCUCUUGGAGUACAUUGAGUCAACAGUGUAUGUAUCAUUAUUAUAUAUAUGAAUAAGAAUCUAUUUAUGCA